GCCUUACAUCAGGACCCUGGGACCUGAUACCCAGGAGGAAAGCAGCAGAAAGUUCUCGAACACUCACUAUGGUGUUAUUAUAAGCAAUUUAGGUAGAUUAAUGCAUAUUUAGUCCUCAAGAUUCCCCAGAGGCCAGUGCUGUGAACAGCCCCAUCACACUUGAGAAACCUGAAGCUCAGAGAGGCAGAGCGACCUGCCCAAGGUCAUACAGCUUCGAAGCGGCAAAGCCAGGGCUCAAGCUGAGGUUUCUAACACCCCCCCCCCCGCCCCCCGCCCUUCCUUCAGGUCGAGGAGCGUUUCUCCCGGGUGCCGGAGCCGGUCCAGAAGCGCAUUGUGUUCUGGUCGUUUCCACGCAGCGAACGGGAGAUAUGCAUGUACUCCUCGCUGGGCUACCAGCCUCCGGAGGGCGAGCACGACACACGGGUGCCCUUCACCCGAGGGCUGCACCUGCUGCAGAGCGGGGCCGUGGACCGCGUGCUCCAAGUGGGGUUCCACCUGAGCGGUAACAUCCGGGAGGCCGGAGGCCCCGGCGAGCCCGAGCACCUCUACCACGUGUCCAUCAGCUUUGACCGCUGCAAGAUCACGUCCGUGAGCUGCGGCUGUGACAAUCGCGACCUGUUCUACUGUGCCCACGUGGUGGCCCUGUCUCUGUACCGCAUCCGGCACGCCCACCAGGUGGAGCUGCGGCUCCCCAUCUCCGAGACGCUGUCCCAGAUGAACCGGGACCAGCUGCAGAAGUUCGUGCAGUACCUCAUCAGCGCCCACCACACCGAGGUGCUGCCCACCGCCCAGCGCCUGGCCGACGAGAUCCUCCUCCUGGGCUCCGAGAUCAACCUGGUGCACGGUGCCCCUGACCCCACGGCGGGUGCAAGCAUUGAGGAUGCCAACUGCUGGCAUCUGGAUGAGGAGCAGAUCCAGGAGCAGGUGAAGCAGCUGCUAUCCAACGGUGGCUACUACGGCGCCAGCCAGCAGCUGCGCUCCAUGUUUUGCAAGAUUCGAGAAAUGCUGCGGAUGCGGGACUCCAACGGGGCGCGCAUGCUGAUCCUCAUGACGGAGCAGUUUCUGCAGGACCCGCGCCUGGCCCUGUGGCGGCAGCAGGGCGCCGGCAUGACGGACAAGUGCCGGCAGCUGUGGGACGAGCUGGGGGCCCUGUGGGUGUGUGUGGUCCUGAGCCCCCACAGUAAACCGGAAGAGCGAGCGAGCUGGCUCCAGCUGCUGGGCAAGUGGGACAAGUUGGACGUGUGCCCGCUGGAAGAGGGCAACUUCUCUUUCAACGGUCCGAGCCUACAACCCGCCACGGCCCUCAACCCAGGCCCGGAGGAGGAGGAGGCGGCGGCGGCGGCAGGUUCCCGGCACACAGUGUUUGGCCGAGCCCUGCAGGCUGGGUCCCUGCACUGGAGUGACCCCCAUCUUCAGAGGAUCCUGGCCAGUGACUGCUAUGGCCCCAGCCUCACAGGCCAUGGGGGCAGCGACAAGGCAACCUUUGACCCCCAGGGCCGCGCCCUCUGGCUGGGGGAGCCGUUCCCCACUGCUUGUGCCCGGGUGGACACCCUGCGUGCCCACGGGUACCCCCGCCAGGCCCUGCGGCUCGCGGGAGCCAUCGUCAACACCCUCCGGCUACAGCGGCGGCACCAGCUCGAGAGCUACAAGCAGCAGAAAAAAGAGCUGCUACAGAAAGGCUCCACCUGCAUCACCAACACGGAAGGAUGGGUGGGGCACCCCCUGGACCCCGUCGGCUGCCUCUGCAGGGCGCUCCUGGAGGCCUGUCGCCUGGAGGAAGAGACCCUUGCCCUUUACCCAGACUCGGGCCCCGAGAGGCGGAAGGUGGCCUACCAGCACGUGCCUGUGCCCGGGAGCCCCGGGGAGUCCUACCUGGCGCUGGCGCUGGAGGUGGCGCUGCUGGGCCUGGGGCAGCAGCGGGCCCUGCCCGAGGGGCUGUACGCCCAGGACAAGGUGGUGCGCAACGAGGAGCAGCUGCUGGCGCUGCUGGAGGAGGUGGAGCUGGACGAGAGGCUGGUGCAGGUGCUGCGCAAGCAGGCGGGGCUGCUGCUGGACGGGGGUCCCUUCAGCGGCUUCGGAGAGGUGCUGUUCCGGGAGAGUGUGCCCAUGCACACCUGUGCCCGCUACCUGUUCACCGCCCUGCUGCCCCACGACCCCGACCUGGCCUACCGCCUGGCGCUGCGAGCCAUGAGGCUGCCUGUCCUGGAGACAGCACUUCCGGCUGGAGAUCCUCACCCCAACCCACUGGACUCCGUCACGAGUAACCGCUUCCCACGCUGGUUCAUCCUGGGCCACCUGGAGACUCGCCAGUGCGAGCUGGCCUCCACCAUGCUGACGGCUGCCAAGGGAGACCCCAAAUGGCUGCACACAGUAUUGGGCUCCAUCCAGCAGAAUAUCCACUCUCCAGCCUUGCUCUUCAAGCUGGCACAGGACGCCUGCAAGACAGCCACCCCGGCCAGCACACCACCAGACAUCACCCUGCUGGGCAUUGCGCUGGAGCUGGGCCUGCAGGUGAUGCGGAUGACCCUGAGCACCAUGACCUGGCGGCGGCGGGAGAUGGUGCGCUGGCUGGUCAGCUGUGCCACGGAGAUCGGUCCGCGGGCGCUGAUGGACAUCAUGCAGAACUGGCACUCCCUGUUCACGCCGGUGGAGGCGGCCACCGUGGUGGCGGUGACGGGCACCACGCCCGCCACGCUGCUGCGGCUGCGGCUGGACGCGCCCCGGCGGGAGGCGCUGCGGGCCUGCGCCCGCGCCCUGGCCCUGCAGUGCGCCAUGAAGGACCCGCAGAACUGCGCCCUGCCCGCGCUCACGCUGUGCGAGAAGAACCACGCGGCCUUCGAGGCGGCCUACCAGAUCGUGCUGGACGCCGCGGCCGGCGGCCUGGGCCACGCCCACCUCUUCACCGUGGCCCGCUACAUGGAGCACCGCGGGCUGCCGCUGCAGGCCUACAAGCUGGCCACGCUGGCCCUGGCGCAGCUCAGCAUCGCCUUCAACCAGGACAGCCACCCCGCCGUCAACGACGUGCUCUGGGCCUGCUCGCUCAGCCACUCCCUGGGCCGGCACGAGCUCUCCGCCAUCGUCCCGCUCAUCAUCCGCAGCAUCCACUGCGCCCCCAUGCUCUCCGACAUCCUCCGCCGCUGGACCCUCUCGGCGCCCGGCCUGGGGCCCCUGGGGGCUCGCCGGGCAGCCAAGCCCCUGGGCACGGACCGGGCGCCCCUCUGCCAGCUGCUGGAUGCCGCGGUGGCCGCCUACAUCAACACCAGCCACUCACGCCUCACGCACAUCAGCCCGCGGCACUACGGCGACUUCAUCGAGUUCCUGGGCAAGGCCCGGGAGACCUUCCUGCUGGCCCCCGACGGGCACCUCCAGUUCACCCAGUUCUUGGAGAACCUCAAACAGACGUACAAGGGCAAGAAGAAGCUCAUGCUGCUGGUGCGGGAGCGAUUCGGCUGAGGGGCAGGCGUCUGGUGGGCACAGGGUCUCCCUGGGCGCCUGCUUCUGUGCCACCCGCUCUGCGUCGGGCACCUGGGCCGGAGGUCCUGGGGCAUCUGAGUGUCGAGUCAGGCAAGGAGCCCGGCUGGAGCGAGGUGGUCCUGCCUGCCACCCCCCCCCCCCCCCGGCCCGGCUGGAGGUGGGAAUGGGGGGUGGCGUCCUGCCACGUGCGUGCCUGGGAUUACGCGAGCGAGCGAGUGUGCGAGACGCAAGGAUCAGAAGCCAUACCACCACCAGGGGCCUAGGAGGCGGGUAGCUGGUAUGGCCCCACUUGGGUUCCCACAAAAGCAAUAGCAAGCUCCCCCUCCCCAAACUUACAGGCCUGGCUUGGGCUCCAGGAGAACUGGGAGGCAGGACUUUCCAGAAACUGGCUCUCAAAGUUAAUGUAGCAGACACACCCCUCCCCACACACACAUACCUGCACACACCCUACUCUGGGUGGCCGGGGGACUUGUGUUAAAGCAUCUGAAUCUCCUUUUGUACCCUCCUCUCGCUGCCUCAGGAGCCCCCUCCAGGGCAUCCAGCCAGGGCCAAGGGCUCAUCCCACUGAAGGAUUUAAAGAGGCCUCAGGCCUCGGCCACAUACCUCAACCCCCAUCCGGCCAGGACUCCCAUUCCUGUGGGUCCUGGGGUCCCAGGAUGGACUAGGGGGAGGAGGGGGUCAUUGAUUCUCCUCCCCCUACCUGCUAGUCACUGGACAUACAACUCAGGAACUGAGCCAUGCUCACACUGUCCUCCAAACCUGGUGUCCUCCAAACCUGGUAUGAGACAAGCACAGGGAGCCAGGGACUCGGCAGCCCAAAUUUGGAAAGGAAAGAAAUGCUGGCCCCGGGCAUCUUCUGGCUCGUCUCUCCCUUCUCUCUCCGCCCCUCCUCCGCUCUCCCUUCCACUUCUCUCCACCCAGCCUGCCUCUGUGUGUCUAAGCCCCGGCCGAUGUCCUCUGGGCCUCCCCACCGUCCCCCCCCCCCCUUUCCCUCUCGUAAUUAGGGACAAAAGACCACAUGAUUUUAUAACUGAUUUUUUUUUCCUAUUUAUUGAACUGUAUAUUGUAUUUUCUUUUUCCUUAUUAUUUUUUAAAGAUUGAACACAG